AUGGCGCAGUUUAAUGACGAAAAUCCAGACGCGGCAGUCGACUCUACAGAGAUCCUGAGUCCACAACCAUUUCACCCCCAAACCAAAGGCUUCCUCGUUUCCGCCAUCGAGCCCAACGGCCAGCUAUACAAAGACGAUACGCAAAUGCCCCCUCAUGAUUAUGACUAUAACUCCUCGUCCUCUUCGCCGCGUCACUCCACCAGCGACGUGUUCGGUCGUGAAAUUGAUGACGAACUAGACCAACUGAAAUCUAGGGCAUCCAGUCGUUCCUCGGUGUCCUCGGUCCCUGCGUCGGUUCUUAUCCACCCCGUUGAAAGAAUGAAGCAAAUGCCCGAUAUGGACGUCCACGAGAAGAUCGCUGGAUACAAAGUUGAGGAAUCCGAAGCCAACUUCGGAGACUUCAACGAAGCACCCGCGGCGACUCGCACAAUUCGACAGCGUGAAGCUGUAUUCCGCAAGCCAAGCUCUGUCCGCGCAUUGCAGAUGCACACGGAGGAUGAAGCGGAUGAAGACGAUUAUCUGACUCCUCCGCGUCGACGGGCUGGCAUCCGCUCUCCGGGCUCGAUCCAACCGAAAAGGUCGCCCUAUUACUCGCCAAAGGCCCAGAGACAGCCGACGCCGAAAAGAGAAGCACCCUUGGUUCUGUUACACUGCACACUGUUGCCGCCUUCCAUUCCGGUACCUGGGGCUGCUGAACCCAGGAAUCAGGACAUACUCGAAGACGAGUUACCGGCGGAAUACUGGAAGCGCUGGCGUCGGCUGCAGGAUCGUGUUGGAUCGGGUGUGCUUCGAGAUCGAGGAGUGUUGAUCUCUCAUCCGGAGGACCUAUAUGAUAUGCUUGAGGAACGGCUGUUGGAAAGCCUGGAGCUUCAGCGGCCACGUCUUCAGAACGGACACUUUGUCGGACGGGAAGACCACACCGACUCGGGCGACGAUUUCUCUGACAUCGACGAGAGCGAGACUGAUGGGGAACAGGGCGAUGAGUGUCCUGACUGCGGAGGACAUGUGCGACACGGCGACAGUAAUCGGAAGUGGGAGAUUCGCGUAUUUGCGGCCAACGGAUUGAUGCGCGCCGGCGCGUGGUCGGCUGCAUGGCGGGAUAUGGAGAAGGUUGACGUCGAGGUUGGACUCUGGCUGCCUUCCGAUGUGCGUCGGGGAUUGGAAAGAAGACUCGCGGAGGAACAGAUGGCUCUCGUGGAACGGGAUCAAGCUCAAUCACCGACCAUGCAGAUGAUGCCCAUUUCUUCGCUGGUUGAUCGCGAAAAUCAAAUCUUGCCUGAAAUUUUGCAGUCGCCUCGACGAAACCAUGCGCGUAUGGUCAGCGAUGUCGGCUCCUUCCAAUCUCGCAGUCUUAUGCCCUCGCGCGAGAGCAUCUCUAGUGCCCCCCUCGAGCCAGAUCAUCAUGCUCAAAGUCAAAGAAGUGAGCGCAACCACGAGGUUGCGCUUUCUACACUCUGCGCAAAUUACAUUCGGGUCUUGGCUGCUGACCGGCGCAAUAUGGCACUCGUUCUUCUCAGUAUGCUUGUUGCUUUUCUUGCCUUUGGAUAUGGUCAACAGCAGCCUAUCUACCCCGAGCUUCAAUCCUACCAGCCUGCCUCAUACAACACCCCUUUGCCUUCGAUUAUGCCCAGCAUGAGCGUGGAUUCAGCUUCCUUGUCUUUGGUACAACCAAGGGCUGACCCGACCAUUUCUAGCGAGAGGUUAGAUCCGACUCCUGAAGCAGAGAAAGAAAUAGACCCUCCAAUGCCGUCUGGUGAGUCCGAGGAUGCUGAAGUUUCGGCUGUGAACCCCGGGGACCAUACGCAAAUCUUGGCAGACCCCGAGAUCGUGGAAACGUUCCAGCCUGAGCCAGACAGUGUUGAGGAAAUCUUCACCGACCCUGCCCCUGUGGACUCCCAGGUUUUCCAUGAAGAGGCUGGGCACAAUGAACAGCUGGAUGAGUCUGCAGGCUCCGACGAACACGAAUCUUUCGAGUCAACCGAGGCAUCUGGGCCUGAAACAGCCGAUUCCGAUGAGGAGCCUGCCCUUGAAAAGACAAUUGAGGCUUUCGAUGUGGCUACAGAGUCUUCAGAUUCUCCUAUUACUCUCGAGACAGACGACCCUGCGCAUCCUGAGCCCGAGCUUGCGAGCACAGCUGAAGAUACCGAAGAAGCUGAAGAUGUUGAAGCUGAAGACGAUGAAACCGAAGAAGCAAUCUCGAUUGAGACUGAUUAA